AUGUCGAUAAUGGCACUUACUCCGUCGCAGGGAGCAGGUGCUGGAGCUUCCAUCUAUCAGCCUUUGAAUACCGACCGCCAAGAAAUUCGCCUCAUCGAGGUCUUGUCUAUCGAAGAACCAGUAGUGUGCCAGAUAAGCGUCGUAUCUUUGCUCGAAAAACCUCGGUACUCUGCCCUGUCUUACGUAUGGGGUGAUGCUGCAAACAGAGAGACCAUUAUGGUCAACGGAAUGAUAAUCCCGGUUACCGUUAAUCUCAAAGCUGCACUGAGACACUUUGGAAGGCACUGGAAGACUUUCAACUCAAACAGCGAUCCUUCUUCGAUGAGGAUUUGGGCCGAUGCCCUGUGUAUCAACCAAAAUGACACCGAUGAGAUCAGCAGCCAAGUUCGGCUCAUGGAAAGUGUAUAUUCCUGCCCCGACCUGGUCUUGGCCUGGCUGGGUAGUGAGGACCAGAAGACCAGUUUUGCUCUGAAAAUGCUGUGUCAGUUUACAGAAGAAUUCCAAGCUGCGAAAUAUGACCCGAGAAUACUCCCAGAUUUACAUUGGCUCAAAAACCACCCAUACCUUUGGAAGAUCGACGAAAACAGACCAGAGGGAGACCAAGUUGGCAACCCGGUCUGGGAUGCUAUAUUCUUUCUUAAUUCGCUGCCUUACUGGAGGCGAGUUUGGACAUUGCAAGAACAACUCCUUGCGCCCGCCCUCGUGUUCAGCUGCCCGUCUACAGCCGUGUCCGGAGCCAAAAUAUUCAACGCGCUUUUUGUAUUGGGAAGCCUCAGAGCGCAGCUGAUACGGAACGAAAGAAUACCAGAUUUUAUCCCGACGAGACUCUGGCGGUCAAUUGGGCUCCCAGGCCAUGUGAGCCAAGACCGGAUCCAGCAUCUUGCCAGGGUCGUGAUGUUGUACUUGACGGUGUACCGAGCCCAGACGCUACAUAAGACAGCCGAAGAUUACCGAAAACUUGAGAUUGAACGGUUCGAAUGCCUGAUAAAGUUUCCCUUUGAAGCCACGGAGCCAAAAGAUCAUGUAUAUGGCAUUCUUGGGCUGUUGAACCCUCAGAUCAAGAGCAAGUUGAAGGUCGACUACAGCAACCGCAUGACGGUGAAUAGUGUAUACUUGGAUUUUACGUCACUCCUAUUGGAAGAAUCAAAAAGGCUAAACAGCGUCGUACUCAGAUUCCUGUAUUUAGCUGGAGUUGGAGAUAAUUUUGGUCUUCCAUCUUGGGUUCCGAACUACCGAGCAGCGUCAAAAAGCGUUUGCCAUGCUUCUUGGGAUACGUUUACUAAGGUUGUUCCGGAGGAAGAGGCACGCGUAUUGAACAGCCCCAACAUUCGCGGAUUGAUUCUGAGCUUGAGUGGCGCCCGAUGCCUGGUUGUGUCACGAUUAGGACCGACAUUCUCCCCAUUUCUCUCUGGAGAAAAUAAAUACUUGAUUGCGGAGCUGCUCAAAGACCCAGGACCGAGAUUUUGUCAGAUCUGGUCCCUCUUCCGCCUCGCACUGGGAAUCAUGAGCGAGACUUACGUCGGCGAUAUAUGGCAUUUCGUCCUGUUGGUGGAGUUUGUACAAAUUGUUGAGCAGUUUCUGGGAGAUUCUUGCCCGAGCUACCUUAAAGGAAUCACACUUGAAAAUACUCGCGGAUUAGAGGAAGUUCACCAAUCCAACUUUCAGAUUGGAUUAAGCGAACACACCGUAAGCCCCCAGAUGAGUGAAAAGGCUCGAGCUUGGAUAUCGUCGGCCCUUGCAAUGGACAGAAAUAUGGUGGCCUUUCAGACAAACGAAAAUUUCCUGGGGAUUGGGCCAAUAGGUGUGCGAGAAGGGGAUUGCAUUUUUAGCCUCUUAGGAUUUCCCAGUUUCGCUGUUCUGCGGAAGGCUGGGUCGCGAUAUAGGUUUCUUGGCCCUUGUAACAUUUCGGAACGUGAAUUUCAAGGACCUGGUACCAUGAAACGUUUGCCUAGCCAUGGUGGUUACCUCAAUAUUGAGAUUGUUUGA